GGCGGCUCGGCCGGUGAACCGACCGGCCUGACGGGACUCGAGCUGGCCUGGUCCGUGCCGAGCCGCGAGGCCUCGGCGUCGCAUCAUAACGAGGUUGGCUCGCCAUUCUGGAUCGAGGAAUACCAAGUGGUGAUCCUGUCGCAGGAGGCCAACAGACCGGCCAGCGACGCCGCCUGGCCCGGCGCUCUUGUCCGAGCUCGAAGCCGAGCUCGAACUCGAGCCCGAACAGUUCGAGCGCCGAGCUCGCCGGCGGCCAGAGCUGGGCAGAAGAUGGAGGGCGGGCGGAGCAGGCCGGCGGCCAAACAGACGGCCUGGCACUACUUCCUGACGGAGACGUCGAUGCAGCUCUCCAAUUUGCCCGUAGGCAGCACUCUACAGAUUUGGGUGAGCCAAUGA